AUGAUUUCCAGUUCGACGUGGGUGCCCCGAGGGUUUGCCCUGGAGUUCCCGGAACAGUAUGAGUUGGACGACGCCGAGAUGGAGCGUAUCAACCAGUUGGCGCUGCUUGAGCUCAGCGAUGCUCGCGACGACUUGGCGGAAGCCGAAGCCGACCAAAGCGACGACAAGCCGGCGCUGGCGGCCCUCAGCUCCACUCUCGAGAUCGACGACGACUUAAAGGCCUACGAUUUGGAAAACUACGACAACGACACCUCGGAAGGCCAGGAAGUGACGAUGUUCCCCGGGUUGAGCUCUGAAGUGCAAUACCACGAAGGCGAAGAAGGCAACGACCCCUACUUGCUGUUGCCCAAUCAAACCGACGAAGCCGAAGAGAAGGCGGAAAACCAGAUCUACCCUACCGAUAACUUGGUGCUUGCCACGCGUACCGAGGACGAGAUCUCGUUCUUGGACGUUUACGUCUACGAUGACGGGGCUGGUGCGCCCGUUGGUGCUCAGGAGGAAGACGGCGACUUUGACAACGACGGCAUGGCUCCCGGUAUGGUCAGAGAACCCACGUUGUACGUGCACCACGACAUCAUGUUGCCUGCUUUCCCCCUUUGUGUCGAAUGGGUCAACUACCGCCCUGGCAAGCUGGUGGUGGACGAAUCGAACCCCAACAUCGGUAACUUCGCUGCCAUCGGGACCAUGGACCCUCAGAUCGAGAUCUGGAACUUGGACUGUGUCGACAAAGCGUUCCCCGAUGUCAUCUUGGGCCAACCUCAACCGGGGCAAAAGAAGAAGAAAAAGAAGGGUAAGGGCCACGUCACCACCCACCACACCGACGCCGUGUUGUCGCUCGCCCACAACCGCGUACACCGCCUGGUAUUGGCGUCGACGUCGGCCGACCACACCGUUAAGUUGUGGGACUUAAACACCGCUGACUGUGUGCGGUCGUUCUGCGAUAUCCACGGCGGCGCCACCGUGUCGCUGUCGCAAUGGCACCCUAGCGAAGCCCAGAUCCUCUUGACUGGUGGCUACGACGGUAAGGUGGCGGUGCUGGACGUGAGAAUGGCCGACGAGCUGCAGCUGACCAAACAGUAUAAGAUCGGCAACGGCCAGGAAAUCGAAUCGGUGAGAUGGGGGUCGCUGCCAGAGCUCUUCUACGCUGGUACCGACGGCGGUAACGUCUACUGCUUCGACGUGCGUGACCAGAAGAAGCCGUUGUGGACGUUGCACGCCCACGACGCCAGUAUCUCGUCGAUGGACGUCAACCCUCACAUCCCCGGGAUGUUGAUCACGCUGGCGAUGGGGGAGAAGGUCGUCAAGUUGUGGAAGUGCUCCCAGGGCACUCCCUCGAUGGUGAUCCUGAGAGACUUUGGCAUUGGCAACGUGUUGACGCUGUCGUUUGCCCCUGACAUCGAAGUGGCGGGGUGUGCCGUUGUGGGUGGUGUCACCGGCGACCUCAAGUUGUGGGACGUGUUGACUAAUAGUGGUGUUCGCCGUACGUUCAGAGAUGAAGUGAGCCAGAUGCAACAACGCGCCCGCGAAGAAGCACAGACGGUGGGUAAGCCGUCGCGGAUGGCACGCAAGUACCAGGGCGAGGUGCUGGAGGUGUUGAUGCUGGUGGAAGCGGGCGGUGACGACGACGAGCUGGACGCCGACGAAGGUGAUGUCGGUGGUGACGAUAUUGAGGAAGACCAAUAG